AUGUCCGGCACCAUUAAUCGUCGUCUCUCUAAACGGAAAAUAAAACUGACCAGAAAGUCUGCCAUUGUGUCCGCGCCUUGUGAGGAAGCCUCAGGAAGUCCAAGAAUGGCCUCACCACUUGAUGGGAGGAAUGAUUAUACCCAUCGAACCACGGCUGCAGCUGGGAAAUCAUUUGCCUGUGGGCGGCGUGGGCUUGAUGGUGGAGACAAGAUGGGAUCGAUUGCAGUUGAUUGGGAGGUUGGCAUCUUGAGGUUAAUCAAAACGGGUACCUCUGCGCUAUCAAGGCGCCAGAAGGGAUUUCCCGAAAUAUCUUUCAACCUUCUCACCACCGUGACGCAACAGAGAGUUAAUUAUGACUUCUCAUGUGCGACUACCAACUUGUAG